CUGAACUGGACCGAGCGACAAUGAUUCGGUUCUUCCUCAUUCAAAAUCGGAGCGGCAAGACUCGCUUGGCCAAAUGGUACAUGCCCUUUGACGAUGACGAGAAACAGAAACUGAUUGAGGAAGUUCACUCGCUGAUUUCCGUGCGCAGCACAUCACACACCAACUUCAUUGAGUUUCGUACUUUCAAGCUGGUCUACCGGCGUUAUGCAGGCCUCUUUUUCGUAUUUUGUGUGGACAUCAACGACAACAAUCUGACCUAUCUCGAAGCCAUUCACAACUUUGUCGAGGUCCUCAACAAUUUCUUCACCAAUGUUUGCGAGCUUGACCUUCUCUUCAACUUUUACAAGGUCUAUGCGCUUGUGGACGAGAUGUUUUUAGCAGGCGAGAUUGAAGAAACAAGCCAUACCGAGGUCUUGCGACGCCUGACAGACAUCACCACGCGUGAAUGAUGAUAGAACAAGCCCAAACUUAUAUCAACCCCAGGGUUUAAACGAUCGGUGGCGCUGUGCGCACCGACCGACCAUCUGAGUUGGAAUUCUGCUCCCUCGUGGUUGAAUAGUAGUGGGACGGGAUUGCCUCUCACUUUUGCGCCUGCGGCGCCUUAUUCACAUGUCUUUUUCUCUCUCUUUUUUUUUUAUAUCGGAUACUUUUUUAAUUCACCCACUGCUUGUUGGCUACUCAGUGUUGUUGUGGUUUUGCUCUCGUUUGUACCUCGAUGCUUGACUUUGUCUUGGACUGUUGCGAUUGAGCAUCUGUCGUCGCUCUUGAGAAUCAGUUACAUGACCGCUCAAUUACGAUUACCAACUAUG